AUGUCCGUCUGCUACGUUUGCAAUGUGAAAGUAACUGUUACCCAAAAGCGAGUGAAAUGUUCACUAGCCCAAUGUUCAUAUCUGUAUCACCUAGAAUGUGUGGAACUCCCAGAGGACUCACCAGCCGUGCGGAGUAAGUGGGUUUGCCCAGCUUGCGUGGCUUCGCGACCGAAAGGAGAUAACAGUAAUACACCGGUGCAAAACAAAAUACCGGGAUUGUGUGACAAAGUGGACCCCCCUGCCUUUCCUGUAACUCUGUUUUCUGAUAGUGAGACUAUGGUGUCUGUUAAUGCGAUGCAAGACUUAAUUCGCGCUGAAAUUAAAUCAAUGGCAUGUGGUAUUAAUGACUUAUUGAGGGAGUCGAUAGGCAAGGAACUUAAGAGUAUAAAGAUUGAUCUGUCAGAGUUCAAAUCCUCUUUUGAGAUGUUCAGUGCCAAAUAUGAAGAAAUCUCCAAAAGGGUGGACAACAUAGAAAUAAAUUUAAAAAUGUUAAAGUCUACUAAUUCUGAAAUUAAUGCUGUUUGUACAUCUUUGAAUAAAAUUGAAACUGAACUGAACACAAAAGAACAAUGGGCUAGGAGGUCCAAUAUAGAAAUCAUUGGGGUCCCUGAGAAAAAGGGAGAAAACCUAUUGGUUAUCUUAAAAGAACUCUGUCUAAAAGCUGAUUUCCCUAUAAACCCGGAUAUUGACAUUGAUUUUGUGACCCAUGUUGCUCCUAGUAUUAAUAACUUGAAGAAGCCCAAGCCCAUUAUAGUGAGAUUUUUAGCCCGCCACAAGAAAGACAAUUGCCUGAAUCGCCUCCGUAAGCUCAAAAAUCUACAAGCAACUGAGAUUGGAUUUGUUGGGAGCAACUCUUCGGUUUAUUUUAAUGACCACUUAACUCGUGCUAAUAAAGUUCUCCUACAACAGGCCAAAAAACGUGCCCAGGAGAUGAACUAUAAAUAUACUUGGGUCAAGCAUUGUUGUAUUCUAGUGCGUCGUGAUGAUACUAGCCCUAUUAUAAAUAUCUUAUCUGCUCAAGAUUUAAACAGUAUAAAAUAAGUGAUUUAUUGUUU